ACAGGAGAGAAAACUCCAGGAAAAGGGACGCACGGUGUAACGGGACAAGGAUACAUUUCGGCGUUAAGAGGAAACUUUGUAUGGACAUGAGGAUAUUUUGGGAUAAUUUCCUAUUUCUUAUAGAAAACCCGGACGUUUAAGGGCAGAAGACGUUAAUAGCUACAGGGUAUUUUCAACCAGUUUGUUCCUUUUUAAUUCAACAUGACUGAAAUUGCAGUUUGACGAAUGAAAAUGCGCAUCGACCACACAGCUGUCCACUGAGGAGAGGAGGUGCUCGGAGAAGCCCGCCAAUGUUCACCUUCUGUCGGCACUUCAAAGCAAGUUGUUAAAAAAGAAAAAAGAAAGAAAAGAAUAAUUUCCCGCAUUCUUCAGUGAGAGAAAGGGCGUAUCACCAUGGCAGAGCACGAGAGCCUGGAGUUUGGAAAAGCAGAUUUUGUGCUUCUGGACAACGUGUCUAUGGAAGAAUUCAUGUCUAACCUAAAACUCAGGUUUGAGAAGGGGAGGAUCUACAGCUACAUUGGAGAGGUGGUGGUGUCUGUCAACCCUUACCGUGCCAUGAACAUCUACGGCCGCGACACCAUAGAGCAGUACAAGGGCCGCGAGCUGUAUGAGAGGCCGCCCCACCUCUUUGCCAUCGCUGACGCUGCUUACAAAGCCAUGAAGAGGAGGAACAAAGACACUUGUAUUGUCAUCUCAGGGGAAAGUGGAGCGGGAAAGACAGAGGCCAGCAAGUAUAUAAUGCAAUACAUCGCUGCUAUCACCAAUCCCAAUCAGAGGGCUGAAGUUGAAAGGGUAAAAAACAUGCUGCUUAAAUCCAACUGUGUCUUGGAGGCCUUCGGGAACGCCAAGACCAACCGCAACGACAACUCCAGCCGCUUUGGCAAGUACAUGGACAUCAAUUUUGACUUCAAAGGAGAUCCCAUCGGAGGCCACAUCAACAACUACCUGCUGGAAAAGUCCAGGGUCAUUUUCCAACAGCCAGGAGAGAGGAGCUUUCAUUCAUACUACCAGCUGCUCAAAGGAGCUCCAGAUUCCCUGUUACGCUCUCUUCACAUCCAGAGGGACCCGACAGCCUACAACUACAUCAAAGUUGGAGGCCAGAUUAAGUCUGGCAUCAAUGAUGGGGCUGAUUUCAAAGCUGUUGCUGAUGCCAUGAAAGUGAUCGGUUUCACGGGGGAUGAGAUUCAGACUGUUUACAAGAUUCUGGCCACCAUCCUACAUCUGGGCAACCUGACAUUCGGGGUGGAUGGUGAUGUGACCUUGAUAGAGAACACAAAGCUGGUGUCCGUGAUCAGGGAGCUGCUGUCCACCAAAGAAGAAAACGUGGAGAAGGCCCUGCUCUACCGCACUGUGGCCACGGGUCGAGACGUCAUCGAAAAACAGCAUACGACGCAAGAGGCCAGCUACGGGCGGGACGCUCUAGCCAAGGCCAUGUAUGAGCGUCUGUUCUGCUGGAUUGUGGGACGCAUCAAUGACAUCAUUGAGGUGAAAAACUACGAUGCCAGGGUCCACGGGAAGAACACAGUCAUCGGCGUGCUGGACAUCUAUGGUUUUGAGAUUUUCCAGAACAACAGCUUUGAACAGUUCUGCAUCAACUACUGUAAUGAAAAGCUGCAGCAGCUCUUCAUCCAGCUGGUGCUGAAGCAGGAACAGGAAGAGUAUCAACGGGAAGGCAUCCCCUGGAAACAUAUCGAUUACUUCAAUAACCAGAUCAUUGUGGAUCUGGUGGAGCAGCAGCAUAAAGGCAUCUUCUCUGUGCUGGACGAAGCCUGUAUGAAUGUGGGCAAAGUCACGGAUGAGGUUUUCCUCCAAGGACUCAAUGGCAAGCUGGCCAAACACGCCCACUACACCAGCCGCAAGCUCUCACCGACUGACAAGAGUUUGGAGUUUGACAGAGACUUUCGCAUCAGGCACUAUGCAGGAGAUGUGGUGUACUCAGUGGUGGGUUUUAUUGAUAAGAACAAAGACACACUGUUCCAGGAUUUCAAGAGACUGCUGUACAACAGUUCUAACCCAGUACUGAAGGGGAUGUGGCCUGAGGGCAAACUGAGCAUCACGGAGGUCACCAAAAGACCACUGACAGCUGCAACACUCUUCAAAAACUCCAUGAUCUCAUUGGUGGAGAACCUGGCCUGCAAGGAACCCUACUACGUUCGCUGCAUCAAGCCCAACGAUGUCAAGUCCCCCCUACUCUUCGAGCAGGAGCGCUGUCGCCAUCAGGUGGAGUACCUCGGGCUGCUGGAGAACGUCAGAGUGCGACGUGCCGGCUUCGCCUACAGACAGACAUACCCUCGCUUCCUACAGAGAUACAAGAUGAUCUCAGAGUUUACGUGGCCAAACCAUGACUUGCCAUCAGACAAGGAUGCAGUGAAGAGGCUCCUGCAGGGGUGUGGAUUUGACCAUGACGUGGCCUACGGCAAAACCAAGGUCUUCAUCCGCACACCACGCACCCUCUUCAGCCUGGAGGAGCAGCGAGUCGAGAUGGUCCAGAGAAUUGUGCUCUUCCUCCAGAAGGUGUGGAGGGGCACCAUAGCGAGAAUGCGAUACCGGCGGAUGAGAGCGGCACUCGUCAUCCUGCAGGCCUACCGACGCUACAAGGUCAAGUCCUACAUCCGAGAAGUCAACCGCCGCUUCAAAAAUGUCCGAUCAAUGAAGGAUUACGGCAGGCAUGUGAAGUGGCCCACGCCCCCCAAAGUCCUGCGCAAGUUUGAAGAUGCACUCAGAAGCAUCUAUAACAGGUGGUGGGCUUGGACACUGAUCAAAGGCCUCUCUCCAGAGGAGGCCCUGCAGGUGAGGGCCAAGGUAGCCAGCCUGGAGGCCCUGAAGGGCCAGAGGGCCGACUUGGGUCUACAGAGGGCCUGGGAAGGAAACUACCUGAAGCGAGACAGCCCUGACACAGCUUCAUCCUUCACACUGGUCUCCAGCGAACUGCAGCGGAAAGACAAAUUCAUGAGAGUCUUGUUCUCAUGCAACGUGCGAAAGAUCAACCGUUUCCACAAGGCGGAGGACCGGGCUGUGCUCAUCACUGACCGCCACCUGUACAAGAUGGACCCCCUGAAGCAGUAUAAACCUAUGAAGAGCAUCCCCCUCUACAACGUGACCGGAUUGAGCGUGUCCCCUGGGAAGGACCAGCUGGUUGUGUUCCACACCAAGGACAGCAGGGAUCUCGUGGUGUGCCUGCAGGGCAUGGUGCCUGCCAAUGAGAGCCGCAUUGGGGAGCUGGUUGGCACCUUACUUAGCCACUUCAAGAGUGAGAAGAGGAAGCUGCAGGUCAACAUCGCGAGCCCCAUCCAGUGCAGCAUGAACGGGAGGAAGUGCACGGUCAUCGUGGAGCCCAAGAUCAACCAAUCGCAGCCAGACUUCACUAAGAGCCGAUCUGGCUACAUCCUGGCUGUUCCUGGCAAUUAAACCGGGCUAAAGCAAACAACAACAGUGACAGCUGACAUCAAACCAGGCCGAGGAGAUGAUGAUGAUGAUGAUGAUUCACUUCUGAUUCACCUCUCGUGUUUAUUCUUUUGCAGAGCUGCUGAUAAUGUGACGAUUUAGAUAGCAGCUCUCUAGGAGGAUCGGGUUAAUUGAAUCCUCAGAAUGAAAAGCCAUGCCAAAUUUGACCUGUUUUGUAGAUUUACAUGCAACGCUACUAUAAACAGGAAGUGUACAAUACGCCUACACGCAACAUGUUAUUAGCGGAACAGGUUUUUAAAAAAAUGCACUACAGGAUAAUCCACCAAAGGGGUGUUCUCUUUUUUUUUUUUUUAAAUCCAAAUUUCAAAUGAUUAGCUUUGUGCAAUAUUUAGUUUUAUUGUAGAUGGAAUAUUGUGGUAGUCAAGGUGAGAGGAGACUAUGCGAACUGUUCUCUGAACCACUGAUGUUGCAUAAUUGAGGGGAUAAAAAUCCCUGCAGCUCCCUGCGCAGGAGCCAGAUCAAAAGUGAAACCCUGAAAAAUGAAGUACGGUGAUAUUUAUGUAUGACUCUGAUUUUGACUUUAUCUGCUCUAAAAUAGAAGAUGAUUUAUAUCCUAAGGAAUAAUACUGUUAAUGACCUUAAUCGAAAGAAUGAACGGAAACACAGCGUCCACUUUUAGUGCAGUUAAUGUCUACAAUCACAUAUGGGAACAGCGAGUGCGAGAAUGUGAUUCAGCGGUUCUGUCGGCGUCUGAGGCACAAAUUCCAAAUUCAUUGUCAGUUUGUUCGUCACAGGAUGUGUUGAGCAUAUCCUGAACAUCACAACCUGUUAAAAUCUAUUAAUUUAAAUCCUGCUUCUUAUACUCUCUACUGCAAUGUUUGUACUUUUAUAAUAUUCCAAUAUUGCUUGUAUAUUAAAGGUUAGAAUAUACUUUAUUCAGAUAUGCGUAUGCACAGAACUUAUACUGCGUUUAGUAUAAAAAAAGGGAUGCUAUAACUAAAACUGACUAACAGGAGGCAAAUAUGAAGACUAUAAUCAAAGCAUUACUUUCUUCCCAGAUGUAUUCUGAGUUCAUAUUCUCUUAAAUUGUAAGACUUAAUGCUCUAUUUUAGCAGCAGAGGCCAGUACUGUAUAAUCCCACGUGAACUCCAGCCCCAGAACAUAGUCUCAUUUGCUGUCUUUGUGCUGAGUGAAUAGCCUAAUGACUUGUAGUGGCCCAUAGUCCUUUAGAAUAGACUUCCAUUUGACAAAUAUCCCCUUGAUCCGAGAGAAAGACAGUGUGGGAGCGUGUGUACUGUAUGUGUGUUGAUUAGCUCUUUCAGGUCUCCUCCUCUUGGCUCUGAGACUGAGAGUCUGGCUAGUGGCCACAGUGAAGGAGUGAAGACAGACUGUAAUCAGACUGCUGGCCUACUUUACCUCCCCAUCUACCGAUGGGAGGGACUUUUUGUAUGAACAGUGGACUUUUCGGUGAAUUGAUGUUCAUCCGAUGCUGCUGCUAAUCUCCCUUCGCUUUUUCCUCAUCACACAAAUCAAAUCAUCGGCAGCCGAACACUCAGAGUUUGGUUUGUUCUGUUCUCACAAGCUGUCGGCUGUGUUGAGUGAGUGUGUUCACUCUGUGUUUUCAGCCGUUGGUAAGUGUUAGUACAUUACAAUAUGUUCUUUUUCAGUGCGUUGCGAAAAUUGUGGCAGCACAGAAGCUCACAAGAUGGAGGUGUCUGGUUUUAUGUUUAAUAUUAAUAUUCAUUCAGGAUUUGCAGUUUGUAAACAGUGAACGUUUGCACAUCAGAGUUCACCAAAGUCGAACUCAACUCGCCCCCACGAGCUGAUUUCGAUUUUAUCAUCAAGCCAGGUUUAGUAGUUGAAAAAAAGUUUGAACGUCUACACUUCAAUGACAAAUAACUUGAUGUGCUGAUGAAGAUCAUGUGAUGUGAUUGAAACGCUCUAGAACAGCUUCUAAAUGGACCUGGUGGUGAGAUUGGUUCAUCAACUGCUGUUUACCAGCUCAAGAAUAAACUCUGAAGCUCAGCUUUAAAAGCCAAAGUGGAGAAGAAGUCCUUAGUGCUCAGAAAAAAAUGUUUUACUGUUCAAAUGUCCAUGCAUAGGACAUCCUCAUUGUUGAAUUUGAAAGGAACGGAUAUAAAGAUGGAUGUUCACUAAAUGCUAAAAUGUCAGUUAUCAUACAUCUGACAAGAAUUGAGCUAUUCCAACCCUAACCCAUUUUAAGGUUGUCAUGGUGCCGUGACAGUAAAUGUCACAAAUUCUUUGGACGAGAGGAAUCAUCCCUGUACCCACAGAGGCUUAGAGCUGGAUUGUCUCUGUGUAAAGGCUAAGUAAAGAAUACCGACUGUGGGCUGAAGAACGACAGCCCAAGGUUAUGAAUCGGAGCUCCCUCGGUGUCUGGCCUAGUUGAAGAGGCAGAGGCACUCCUCUCCACUUCACUCCAGCAUGGAGGAAAACCUGCUAGCAGUCAUAUUAGCCUCAGUAGCACGGCCCUUUAAUUGUGUUGUCUGAACACAAGUCGUUUAUCUUAAUUAGUUUGGGAGCGCCCCUGUCAUUUGAAGAAGCGCGUUUCCUUUCUACCUCGCGGCUCUGCGGCGGCUGACCUCGUCCUGCUGCUUGAUAACGCACUUUGAUGCAGAAAGGAGUUGUUUGGGGAAACUCGCAUUCUUAGUUUGGAUUAAGGAAGUGACACUGGUAGCUUUAAUAGGCAGAUUUCAAAGGAGCUCAGGAGCUGCCUGUGAUGAGUUUAGUGUGUGUGUGUGUGUGUGUGUGUGCGUGUGCGUGUGUGUGUGUGGACUAUAACACUGCAGCUCUCCAUAUCCUUCAGCAUGGUAAUCUCCCACAGGGCCUCUGCUCCGCUCUGCUCUGCUCUGCUCUGCUAUUCACCGCUCAUCAUUAGGAUGGACUCCGUGUCACUUCUCACUUCAGCGCUUCUCUCUCGGCUUUCUUAAGGCAAAAGAGGGGGUUGCUGAACAAAGCCUCGCUUGGCCUCAUCUUCUUCUCUACUCCCUCUGCUUUCUUCUUCCACCCUCCCUCCUUUUCCACUUUUCCUUCCUCUGUCAAAUCACCUCGCUCCUCGCCCACUUGGGCCGACUGUACCGUCCUGCAGGGCAGUGAAGGUUUUCCUAUUUUUCUGUUGUUUUUUUUUGUUUUUUUCCUUCAGCCGUCCUGUGCCUGGGAGGCAUGGAAAUAAAAAAAAGGGAAAAUACACCAGCAACUAGACGCGCCGAACAGUAGAGUAUCAUGCAGUAACAAAAACUUUAAAAAAGGAGACAGAGCUGAGUCUGUUAACCUGAAAUGUAAAUACUGUGGAUCCAAACGAUACUCAUUAGUAGGAUCAUUGUUGGUUUUGGUCUUUUCAUAGUAUUUGUUGACAGUAACAAAGCUAUGGAAUAUCACCAGAUUUAUCCUUUAAUGAUUAGUCUUUGGUGUGCAGACCCAAUCAGUCUAGAUUACUUUUCCAUUCCGCUGAUUAUCAGCUUUGCCUCAAGUGUAAAAAAAAUAACAGACAUUUUCUAAUUACCCCUUUCUAAAUGGGCAUAAAGGAAUGUCAGAUAUGAAUGUUAACACUACGAGACUUGUGCCAUUGUGUUCUUCCCUCUACUGCUCUCUUCAGUGGGAUCUUAGUUUUCAGUGUUUUUGUUCCAGAAUCAUUUUGACUCUUAUUACCGAGCCCGUCCACGUUAGCCAAAGGGUAACAAAUUCCAUCUCCAUAAUUUAUUCCAUAUUCUGUUGCUUUAAGCAAAUGUAUACACCAUUCAUCCAGUAUGUGCCUAAUUUUAUAUCAAGUCUAUACUUUGCAUAUUUGUGAUUACAGACCAUAAAUAUACUGUAAUAUCCUGAGUUAAGGGAACGUCCCUGUUGUGAUACUAUGUUUGUGCAAAUGUAUUCUGUAUAAAUGCAGACUAGGCAUUCCACCAUGUUCCAUAAUGAAAAAUAUAUGUCAUUAAUCACUUUAUUAAUAAAUUUAUUUGCUUCAGGA